AUGCCACACCGAGUUGUCGAUUUCCUGAGGUCGUCGGCCAACACGCUGGAGUUCCAGGUCUCGACCUUUACAAAAUCCGGCAAGACUUCCCGAAGGCGCGAGAGUCCGACGGGCGCUGCUCGCGUUGGCCACGGAAUCACAGAGCGAGUUGCAUUUGCCUCGAGCGAAGAAGAAGACAGCAGCAACACGACGCCACCACGAUCCAUGUCUCCUCUGCUAAGAUCCAACGAUUCUUCGGAUAGCGCACACACCACCAGCACAGCGUCUAGCACUAACACGAGCAAAGAGGUCGUUAGCGCCAAGGACCACCACCACCACUACCACCACCAUCACCACAAAGAAAAGGACCAUCACCACCACAGGAUAUCCUUCCCGGGCAUGCACUUCGGCCGUUCCAGCAAAGAUGUGCACGCCAACACACCCGCCUCUCUCGACUGGAAACUCGAGUCGCCUCCAAUCGUGCUCUACAAUGACCCAGAAUCAUCCACGGGCGCGCUCGUCUCCGGCCAAAUCUUUCUCAACAUCAAGGACGACCACGACCUGCUAGACGUCGAGUCCAUCAAUGCCACACUGCAGAUCCACGUCACACAAAAACGACCUUUCACUCACCACUGCCACGAUUGCACCCACCAGUACACCGAGCUCAAGAAAUGGCAGUUCCUCGACCACCCUCUCGUCCUUGCCAAGGGGCAGCACUCCUUCCCCUUUUCCGUUUUGCUUGACGGUCACCUACCAGCCAGCAUGGACGGCCCUCUGGCCUCCAUCGCCUACGAGUUCAAGGCCGAGGCCCUGACCAAGGUUAACGGCACUUUGCAGCCAGUCAUCAAGCUCGAAAAGGUCCUCGACGUCAAGCGAUCCCUCGCCACCUCUGAAGUGCCUCACCACAGCAUCCGCGUCUUCCCUCCCACCAACAUCAAGGCCAACGUGCACUACCCCCACCACAUCCACCCCACGGGCACCAACACGCUGCAGAUCCGCCUGGACGGGAUCGCUAGGCUCAACCCCAAGGUCGGCACGAUGGAGUACUGGAAGCUCAAAAAGUUGACGUGGAGGCUCGAGGAGAUCUCCAAGUCCCUGGCGCCAGCAUGCGAGAAGCACGCCCCCAAGCUUCCUGUCCCGCCCAGCCCGGCAGAGGGCAGUGAUGGCCAGCCUCAGCAACCAAAGGGCCUGCCGAGAACCGAAACCCGCAUCAUCGGCGAGAAGACCAUUUUCUCUGGUUGGAAAUCAUCCUACUCUUCGGCUACAGACUCGCACAUUGAGCUCGAACUCGACUACUUCAUCUCCAAAUCCCAUGCCUCCCCCGCAGUCUGCGACACGCGAUGGACCGCGCCCGGCACGUCCACGUCGCACGAGGUGUCACACCAGCUAAUGGUCGAGAUGGUGGUCAGCCAGGAGUGGGCGCCGGUGGGCAAGCCCAACUUGGUUACACAUACCGGCGUAGGCAGGAUUCUCAGGAUGCACUUCUCUUCUAUCCUUACGGAGCGCGGAGGCAUUGGCAUCUCGUGGGAUAACGAGGCGCCGCCCAUUUACCAGGACGUGCCCGAAAGUCCGCCAGCCUACUCGGAGCUGAUGAUGGCUGGUGAGUCGAUGGACGGGGUGAUGGAGAGUGACACGCUUAUGUUGCCUAGCGGGCUGGGCAGUGCAGCUGGAAGUGGAAGGUCGAGCGCCGUGUCUAGCAGGAGGGGAUCGGCUGAGAUGCAGAGGAGGUGA